AUGGGGGUCAGUGCGUUAGCACAACCUUUAUCGGGGACGGCUAAUGAUCACCCUCCUGAAAUCGUCACAAACUUUCGGAGAGUAAUCAGAGCUGCUGAUCCUGGAUACGGCCGCGGAUACGGUCAGUACAAUGGUUAUUAUGGAGGCGGUCAUGGCGGAUAUAAUGGAUAUUAUGGAGACGAUUAUGAUGGAUAUGACGGGCAUUAUGGUGGAUAUGAUGGAUAUCAUGGGCCUUACGGGGGAUAUCAUGGCAACGAUUAUGAUGGAUAUGAUGGUCAUUAUGGAGGUGGUUAUGGCGGUUACGGUGGUUAUUAUGGACACCAUUGA